UAAUUUCUCCUCUGAUCAAAAUGGAGGAUUCUAAAACUGUUGAACCAAGUCAAACCAUUCCUCUUUGCAACGAAACUUUGGAAAUGGUUUUCUGGAUUCUUUAUGGCAGCGCUGGCGUUGUAAUAUUGACAGGGAAUCUCUUUACGUUCCUUGUCUUUGUCACAACGAAACGGCUUCGACGAAGCUACAUGAACAUUUUCUUAGUUAGCUUGGCAGUGGCUGAUAUAAUGAUGGCAGUACUCGUUGUUCCUGGGUACGCUGCUUUCUGUAACGGCAGCUGCAGCUAUGCCGUGUCCAAGUACUGCUGGUUGAUGGCUGGUCUGAAAGACAUUGCCUUCGCAGGAACAGUAUUAAAUUUAGCUGCGAUAUCGUAUGACAGAUUUCUCGCGGUGCUGCGGCCCUUACGCUACCAAAUCUACAUGACUAAGAGAAGCGUCAGCUGCAUUUUGAUAGGGGUCUGGGGCCUGAGUUCCAUCAUCGCGCUCAUACGUAACGCCUGGCUUCACACGAAGCCCGCAGAAGAGGCGCAUAAAAUAGACAAGAUUUACAACAGCAUAUUGAUCUUCACCUUCGCCUUACUACCCAUCCUUGUCAUCCUUGGGGUAAACGUGAGGAUCAUUCAGGCGAUACGGCGACAAGAUCGACGCGUGGGCCAAGAGAGAAACAGUGUGAGAGGAAUAACAACGGUGGAAAGAGAGGCACGGCUAGAAAUAACUAAAGCCAAGAAAGGAACCAUCUCUUGUGUUUUAGUAGUUUUUGUUUUUCUCUUUAGCUGGCUGCCAUUGGCUUUCGUGAAUUUUAGUUUCGUGUUUGGCAGGGCUGAUUUAGUCGGUGACGUUUUAGUGAAGAUUGCCUGGUUGUGUCUGUUUGUGCAAUCGUCGGCCAAUCCGUUUAUUUAUUCGUUUUACAGAUCGGAUUUUAGGCAAGCCGGUCUUGCCUUGAUAUUUCGGCGUGAAUCUACAAGAUCAAGAAGAGUUACCACUACAUCGCUUAACGAUCUCAAUGCUUAAUUAACAAUAACUGACACCUGCAGAGAGACUACGUGUACUCUUGAGAAAAAGUUUCCAAGAUUCACUAAUCAUUCCGAAUUCACCGACAUUAAAAACAGCCGGAUUCGAAAGCGAUAUUAUUCGACUUAAUUCUCAACUGCAGAUGUGAAGAAAUGUUUCCCUACCUACCUCGCCAAAACAAGACGAAGUCUAGAACGGGAUCCAUUUUAUAGAGAAUUCCAGUUAGAGCCGGAAAGAAAGUUAGAAUUUUUAAAAAUAAAAAAGCUGAAGUCUUCCGCUGGUGUCAGCAGCAACUAUCCAACUGUCAAAGAUCUUCAAGUAAAAUAAAAGACUGUCGGAAAAUGUCACGGGUUUGUUAAAAGUCCGGAUGACAGCCCACAGUGAAAAUUUUGGGCAUGCAUACAGAAACAGUCAGCUAUACGUAACUUUUAACUCAAAAGUUUAAUACGGAAUCCACCAGAAGUUCGAAUAACAAGUGGACAAAAACUUUGUAUCAAGAUUAUUUAC